UUUAUAUAUUAUAAUAUUGAUUGAAUGAAAGAAUCAAUGUCCACGUUUGAGCAAGAAUCAAAAAGAAAUGUAUUCAUAGAAAUACAUAGUUGAAUUUUAUUGUUAUUUUUAAAAAAAAAAAUCAACUAAUAAUAAUAAUCAAUGGGUAAUUGUUGUAUAAAAGAUAAAGUUCCUUCGGGAGCUGUAUCGAAUGGAUAUCCCGGUGCGGAUAUAUUACGGCAACCACCAUCAUCAAUGAAUGCUCCUGUUAUGACUGGACCAGUUAGUGGCCAUCAAGGUUUCAGCGUUAGCCAUGAUUCAAUGAAUCUGAAUAGUGCUGGCCUAUCAUCAAAUAUGAAUAAUCCAUUACCAUUGUUACCAUCAUCGAUAGAUAAUAAUGGUGUCAAUCCUGGUGGUGGUGGCGGUAUGGUUGAUCCAUCAUUAUCUGCGAUAGUACAACAGAAUUCCGGUAGUGGAAAUAUUUGUACAAAUUCAUCAUCAAAUACAUCGAAUGCAAAGAUAUUUGUUGCAUUAUAUGAUUAUGAUGCACGAACCGAUGAAGAUUUGAGCUUUAAAAAAGGUGAACAUUUAGAAAUUAUUAAUGAUACACAAGGCGAUUGGUGGUUGGCCAUGUCCAGAGUGACCAAAUUACAAGGCUACAUUCCUUCGAAUUAUGUGGCCAAAUUGAAAUCAAUCGAAGCUGAACCAUGGUAUUUUGGUAAAAUUAAACGAAUUGAAGCAGAGAAAAAGCUAUUGCUACCUGAAAAUGAACAUGGAGCAUUUCUCAUUCGAGAUAGUGAAAGUCGACGAAAUGAUUAUUCAUUAUCAGUACGAGAUCAUGAUACGGUUAAACAUUAUCGAAUCAGGCAAUUGGAUGAAGGUGGAUUUUUCAUUGCAAGACGUACACCAUUUCGUACGCUACAAGAAUUGGUCGAACAUUAUAGUAAAGACGCGGAUGGCCUUUGUGUUAAUCUACGAAAACCUUGUGUUCAAAUUGAAAAACCAACAACCAGUGGCCUUUCACAUAAUACCCGUGAUCAAUGGGAAAUUGAUCGUAGUUCAUUGAAAUUUGUACGAAAACUUGGCCAAGGACAAUUUGGUGAAGUUUGGGAAGGUUUAUGGAAUAAUACUACACCGGUAGCCAUUAAAACAUUGAAACCGGGAACAAUGGAUCCAAAAGAUUUUCUUACCGAAGCCCAAAUAAUGAAAAAAUUAAGGCAUGCUAAACUUGUACAAUUAUAUGCCGUCUGUACGAUGGAAGAACCAAUAUAUAUUAUAACUGAAUUGAUGAAAAAUAGCAGCCUUUUGGAUUAUCUACAGGGAAAAGGACGAAAUCUUAAAUUACCACAAUUGAUCGAUAUGUCCGCACAAAUAGCGGCCGGUAUGGCCUAUCUAGAAUCACAAAAUUACAUACAUCGUGAUUUGGCAGCUCGUAAUAUUCUUGUCGGUGAGAAUAAUAUUGUAAAGAUUGCUGAUUUUGGUUUAGCACGUUUGAUCAAAGAAGAUGAAUACGAAGCACGUGUUGGUGCACGUUUCCCAAUUAAAUGGACGGCUCCUGAAGCAGCUAAUUAUAGUAAAUUUAGUAUCAAAUCCGAUGUAUGGAGUUUUGGUAUUUUACUUACGGAAUUAGUCACUUAUGGACGUAUACCAUAUCCUGGAAUGACAAAUGCUGAAGUUUUAUUACAAGUAGAACAUGGAUAUCGUAUGCCAUGUCCACAAGGUUGUCCACCUAAUCUGUAUGAUAUAAUGUUGGAAUGCUGGAACAAAGAACCAUUGAAACGGCCAACAUUCGAAACAUUGCAAUGGAAAUUGGAAGAUUUCUUCACAUUGGAAGGUUCCGAAUACAAGGAAGCAUCAAUGGCAUAUUAAUUGAUUGAUGAUCCAGUUUUAUUUUUGUUGAAAUGAUUUUCCGAAAAUAAUCAAUUAAUUUUUACAUUGAAAAAA